AUGGACGAAAGUAAGACGCCUCCGUUGUUGCAUCUCACCAUUUCUCCUGAUGAAGGAUACUAUAAAGGAGGUAAUAUCGUAUUCAAAGUUCAGUUUAACGAGAACUAUCCUAUUGAGCCACCUGCCGUGCUAUGUCUCAGCAAGAUCUUCCAUCCUAACAUUGAUACUGAUGGCAAAAUAUGCCUAAAUAUUCUGCGUGAAGACUGGUCUCCAGCUUUAGAUUUACAGAGCAUUCUCAUUGGAUUGGCGUUUCUGUUCUUGGAAGUCACACCCAAGGAUCCGUUGAAUAAGUUUGCCGCAAGCGUAUUGCGUAAAGACGAAGGUGAGUUUUUGCAGUUAGUAAAAAGAGCCAUGAGUGGCGCUUUCAUCGAUGGUGUUCAAUACGACUUCAUACUAUAG